GACGAAGAUCAUAAUGUCAUUGGCAGAUUCGCAAACAAAACAAAACAACAAACUAGAAUUUGUGGAAUUUCUAAAUGAAAAGUUGUAUUUCGUGGAUCUAAAGCUAUUGCAUUUUAUUUAUUAUCUAUCGAACGCUUCUUUUUCAAAUGUGUACCUAGUUAUUUACAGAGUAUAAACUGUUAAUAUUGCGAUGGAGAGACGCAAAGCUAGUCCGGAACAGUUGAACAUGCUUCUUCACUUUUUGGAAGAAGAUAAAGAGUUGGCGAUCGGGAAAUUUACUGGUUUAGAAGGCAGGAUACGCCAGACAAACGCUUGGAUUAAAAUUACGGAGAAAUUAAAUGCUAAUUCGGGCUUUGGUUCAGGUGCAAUUAAAACACCAGAUAAGUGGCAACAAACAUGGAGAGACUGGAAAUCAAACGUAAAGAAAAAAGCGUUUAAAAUACGCAAAAACCGUUUCACUCCCGGCUGUAAUACCAACACUCAACUCACAGAAGCAGAGGAGAAAAUUCUAAGACUGAUAUGCACCAAUACUUCAGUGUUUGGGCUGCCUGGAGUGCCAGAGACUGUAGUUUCUAGUAAUCCUAUGGUUCCGACACAAAGUCAUGCAACAGAUGAUAUGUGUGGUGAUCCAUCCACAAGUAAUAUGAAAUGGCCUACAGAUCCCCAACAUUUUGCCCAGGAGAUUGAAAUGAAUUUGGAUGAUGGUAUACCCACAGACCCUGACAAUGGACUGGGCUCCAAUGAAGUUUCAUCUGCACCCAUAGCAGGCAAGCCAAUGUGGAAAAGAGGAAGGCCAGUUAGACUUGUACAUGACAGACUAUUAAAUUUAGAAGAAGAGAGAAUAAGAAUUGAGAAACAGAAACUUUUGGAGAAAAAGCGCUGCAAUAAUAUUAAGCUUAAAAUGGAGAAAGACAGACUGGAAAUUGAAAGACAAAGAAAUGUGCUCUUAGAGAAGUUGUUAAUGGCAGUGGAAGUAGUGGCGCAUCGGCAAUAAUUAUGUAUAGCUUAUUAUGUGUAUGUACCAAGGAUAAGCAAUAUGUAGAAUGUAGAAGUCUAAAAAAGCCAUAUUAAUAAGAUGACCUAUUUUCCUA